AUGCUAAACAGAAGAUUUUCUCGAGAUUCUGACUCUAUGGAAAUAGUGGGUCAACCUAGAAAAGAAUCAAGAAGCAAGGAACGCUCAGUAUUGUCUUCUUCGCAAAGGAUUCACCAAGAAAUUGAAAUGGCAGAGGAUUAACUCAGUCAAGGUGAAUAAGAUAAUAAAUUAAGUGUGAAACUAACAAAGCUGGGAAGCGGACAGAACAAAUCAUAUUUGAAGGGCUACAUCAAAAAGGAGCAAAGUAAAAAUUUCAUUUUGAUUUCUUUUAGAACAUCAAAGAUCUAUUUUCAGAAUACUUAGAAGGUGGAUGGCCAUCAUCAUCAUCGGUAGAAAUCUACGGCAUUAAAUUCAUCAUCAUAAGUUAUUUCAAAUGAGGAGGCAAAUGAUAUCUUUCAAAGAUUGUUGAAUCAAAAUAGUAAAAGGAAAUAUACUACAAAGAGAAAUUGGAGUGAUGAUGAAACCAAACUAUUAAAUUGGGCAAUACAAACUUACUCUGAAAAGAGAGGAAUAUAAGGGGAGAAUUUCACUGCAGCAGAUUGGUAGAAUGUUGCUAAAUUGGUCCCAGGUCGAAACGAUGCACAAUGCUAAUACAAAUGGAAUUAGGGCCACAAGUCGAGUAUCACCAAAACGCAAUGGUAAAAGAGAGAAGAUGACGAGCUUUUCUUGAUAAUUUCAGAGAAAGGAACAAAGCAAUGGUAGGAGAUUGCGGAAAUGUUGAAUUCAAAACUGGGUGUCAAUCGCAAUGGAAAAUAAUGCAGAGAGAGAUGGUACAACUUUUUGAACCCCGAAAUUAACAGAGAUCCAUUUUCGAACGAAGAAGAUCUGAAAAUAUUAUUGCUAAGAAAGCAAAUCGGUAAUAGAUGGUCUGAAAUCGUCAAGCAGCUCCCAGGUAGAACUGAGAAUAGUGUUAAAAACAGAUUUAACUGUAUGUUUAAGAAGAUUAAAGAUGAGAAACUUCAAAAGAUACAAGAGUCAGACAUGGGUGAUGUUCUAGAUAAAAUUGAUCAAUAAUAGUAAGAUAGUAUGAUUGACGAAGAUGAAAUUCUUGAGACUCUUAUUGCCAAAAAGAAUAUUCAAAUUGAGUAAGAGAGAGAACAAUAGAAAUCUGGUAAUUUACAGAAUAAUUAAGGGUAAAUCAAUGGUAUGACAAAUAGCCUUAUUAGUAGUUCUAAUGGCAACACAGAGGAUCCGCCGAUAGUAAAUCUAGAAAAUAUGUCAAUUAACAACAAUAACACCUCAAGCAAUCAAUAAAUCCAGCCCCAAAAUAACACCACAAGCUCUAUUAAUCUGGCCUAAACCUAGAACUUUAUAGAUAAUAUAGGCAUAGAGCUAUUAAAAGGAUCUCAAAACAGCUCAAAUAGAAUCAAGAUAAACUACAUUUUGAAACAGAUAUGCGAACAAAGCCCCUAGUAAAUAAGUAAGGUUAAGCUAUUAGCAUAGUUGAUUGAUCAGGAAAUUAAGGAUUCUAUUAAGCCUUAUAUAAAAAAGAUGAGAGAUGAAUCUACUGAUUCUCUUAAGAAAGAAUCCUAGUUAAAUGAAAGACAGAGAUAAAACGAGCAUAGCAGCAAAAUGAGUAUCGAUCAAUCAAGUCCAUAAUUAGAGUCAUCAAUGAGGUAAAAUACAGGUGAAUCGUCAUAAAGAUCACAUCAAAGAAGUCAUUCAAUGGCUGCUUUAGACAAAUUGUAAUCAAAGAUUGGUUAGAAAUAAGACGAGCAAACCUUUAAUGAAUAAGGAAAGAUAAGGGAAAAGAAAUUCAUAGAGGAGAAUACCAGAGAGGUUCUGAUUGUAACUAGAGAUGGCUGCUACACAUACUAAAGCCAUAAUGAAAAUUAGCUGAUCAUUUCAAAAUUGAAUGAUGUUAGAGACAUCCUUGAUUUUGGAAAUGAAAAUAUUUAACCUUUGCAAAUACAACCAGGGUAAUCAGCUACUAAUACUCCAACAUAAUCAUCUACAGUGGCAGGUGCUAACUAAAAUAAAAAUUCAAAUCCCCUGGGAAUGUUUUAGAUCUCAAAUGUAUCUGACAUGUUCAGACCAAUCUAGUUGAAAUACAAUCAAACAUAACAAAAUUCUCAUAGUCAGACAAGAUAAGGCUUUACUAAAUACACGCCACCAUCAGACAGACAAAAGAUCUCACCAUAGACCUUCUUGAUUAGUGGCACUAGUGCUUUCCAAAAUUAGUAAACAACUCCAAUGUCCGGAGGCACACCCCCAUGGAAUGUUUAUCCUCAAUUCCAGUAAAUUCAACUUUAAGGCACCUCUCCCUAGUAAAUUGAUGGAAGAUAUUUGAUAAUGCAACCUGUGUAAUAGAUGGUCUCUCCAGGUCAACAAAAUAAUCAAAGAAAUCUACCAAUCGUUGGACAAACAUAACCUCAAACAGGAUAUAUAUCGAAUUUGCUUAAUAAGAGUAAUAGUCAGGAGAAUUUAAUGAAGCAAAAUCAGUCACCAACUCAACAACUCAUUAUGAUAAAUAGAGCUUAAACAUAAAACUAAAUGAUCUAACUUAGUCCAAAUGAUAUGAUGAACAAUUAGAAUCAUCUGAGAAAUAUGAAGUAUUAGAAUCAAUGA